ACGUCGAGCCGAAGCCCCGGUUACCCGUUAGGUUCUCCGCGACUGGGAAAUACGCUUGGUGAUAUCAACGGCUCGAAAUUAUAUCUAGUUUUUUUGGUGGGGAGCGCGGCGUCUCGUCGCGUCAUGUUUUUGUGUAUCACACAUUUGUAGCUGGCGGUCGAUUGUGCUGUUCCAUAGUUGUUUAUUAGUGUUGUGAUUUGUAAAAGCAUACCAAAAUGAAUACAAACUGGGGUCAGAAUCAGCCAGUUCAACCGCAGAUGUACUGCCAGAUCAAUGGCAUUGUAUUUGCCGUUACUCCAUUACCAAGACAACCUGGUACAGCUUGGCCUGGUAACGGUAGUGGACAAACGCUCCCACACGAAUUUCAGACCCCGUUGAAAUGCACAAGUUGUCAGGCAUUAUUGUCCGAACGUCCAUCAGUACCGCCACCAAUGUAUUACCCGAACACCGCGGCGCCAGUCAAAUGUUGUGGACCUGCUGUGGAAUGGGUUCCUACUAACAUUAAUGAUGCUCAUACGCUCCGCGAUCGUGCUGUAGUUGCUGGAUUUGAGAAACAUAACGGUAGCGCACUCUGGGUUAUCAGAGCCAAGUACGCCGGCGAUAUGAUUCCUGGUAAACUAGUUGCGAGACAUAAGGUCGCUUACGUUGGAUGGGAUGGUAGAGAACAUGACGUCCAUGAAUUCGAGGUUUGCUGCGCUCGCCCAGAGAGAAUAAUGUGGCAAGAAGGCCGUAAUGGACAUGUUCCUCCAAAUGCGAUUGUAGCUGGCAGAACUUCUAAUGGAGAGCCUCUAUAUGUCGGCAGGGCUUUUGAGCAAGGAUCACUCACGCCUGGAAAGGUUCAUCCCAGUUAUCAAGAGCUGUUCCUUCCAUUCGAAGGUAGAGAAGCAUCCCACACAGAAUACGAAGUACUGUGUGCCGUAAAUGUUGUCCAUCUGUGUAAUUGUCCAUGUGUGUAAAUCUGUUUACACAUUAUUAUCGCGUAAUUUAUAAUAAUAUUAGUUUUAAUGUUUGUUAUUGUUAUAGGUCUAAGACCAAAUAAAUGAUCAAGUCUGCUUUGUUGAAAGACAAUAAACCUUUGUGAUAUACGCUUAAAAGUUCUUAAAAGUGCGUUUGAUUAUGUUUUUUAU